AUGGCAUCCACAAAAUCCUUUCGCCACCUGCUUCUGCUCCUCGUCGUCUCCCUCCUCUCCCUCUUCCGCCGAGUCGUCGUUGCCGCCGCCCGACGCCUGCUCUCCUUCGUCUCCCUGCGCGAGUUGUUGCUCCACCUCUCCUUCCUCCGCUGCAGUCUCCGACCCGUCACGCUCUACCUCGGCCACGCGUCGCUGCACAUCUGGGGCCCCAACCCCCGCCGCGCCAGCCAGAAGCCUGCCCUCCUCCUCAUUCACGGCUUCGGCGGCAACUCAAAGUGGCAAUGGGAGUGCCAGAUGGGGGCCCUAUCCCACUCCUUCGAUCUCUAUAUUGUGCAGUACGUCGCGGAGGCGAUGCGCCUCCUCGGGUUCGCCCGGUACUCCGUGAUGGGGAUCAGCUACGGCGGGUUCGUGGCGUUCCGCCUGGCGGAGAUGGAGGCGGAGUCAGUGGAGCGCGUGGCGAUUCUCACCGCUGGAAUCUGCAUGUCGCCGAAGUAG